AUGGAGAGUAAGUCCGCAAACGUAUCUGUGACAGAUCCUCCUCGAGCCGAUGUGGAGGAUACAAGGCCCUCGGUAGGCCUCGAUGAGGCCGCAAAAAUCUUCAAUGGCGAGACAGGGGAGAUUGAGGUCGAAUUUUCGGAGAAGGAAGCCUCCCAAGUUCGAUGGAAGAUUGACCUUAUUAUUGUUCCUAUGAUGACUAUCAGUUAUAUUCUUUCCUUCGUCGAUAAGGGAAUUCUCUCUACUGCGGCCGUGUAUGGGAUGAGAGCAGAUCUGAAUCUGAAAGGACAACAGUAUAGCUGGACAUCCUCUAUAUUUUAUUUUGGAUAUCUUCUCUGGCAGUACCCGAAUUCCAUAUUCAUGCAGAAACUUCCUAUCGGAAGAUGGAUAGGGUCGAUGAUCUUCAUGUGGGGGCUGUGUGUCUCUACAACUGCCGCAUCGACCAAUUUUGCGACGCUUGCCGUCAACCGUUUCUUUCUUGGUCUUUUUGAAGCUUCUAAUAACCCUGCGUUCACUCUCCUGGUGAGUCAGUACUUCACCAAGAAGGAGCACGCUCUCCGGUCCUGUAUCUGGUGGGCGGGUGGUCCAAUCGGUGCCUUUAUUGGGGAUGGAAUAUCGAAUGGCAUCGGUCAUGUCCAUGGAAAACUGGCGCAAUGGCAGUACCUCUAUCUGAUUUUCGGCCCCAUCACCAUGAUCUGGGGAAUCGUUAUAUUUUUUGCUAUGCCGUCAUCCCCCAUGACGGCGUGGUUCUUGACGCCUCAUGAAAGAAAAAUCGCUGUUGUGCGGGUUCUGGAAAACCAUGCUGGUCUUCAAAGUCGCGAGUAUAAAUUGUACCAAGUCAAGGAGGCUCUUCGGGAUCCGCAAGCAUGGAUGUUAUUCUCCAUUGUCUUUCUACAAUGCAUUCCCGGAGGAGGACUGAACGCGUUCAACAAGAUUAUUAUUACAGGUCUUGGUUUCUCCAGCGUCGAGUCGACUGUUGUUGCUAUGCCUGAACAUGCCAUUCAGCUGGUAUCAGUGUUACUAUCGUAUUAUAUGCUCGUGGGUUGGAAAGGGAAGAUGCAUCGCGAUGAUUCUGAGCAAUCUCUCCCGACGGAUCGUAAGAUGUCACGUCUUGGUGCAGUAUAUUCGCUACUCACAUGCACCGUUUCCUACAUUAUGUGCAUGUCCCUUAUCUCAUCCAAUAUUGCCGGCUUCACGAAGAAGAUGACCGUGAGCGUUAUGGUCUUCGUCGGAUAUUGUAUCGGACAGAUUAUCACCCCUCAAUUCUUUAUCGCGCAGGAGUCCCCGACGUAUCCGACAGGAUUUCGAGCCUACUUCGUAACCGCCUCUAUGAUGAUCGCCAUCGAAGCGGGGUUAAUGCUAUACCUGCUCAAUGAAAACAAGCGUCGAGAGAAACGUGCCUUGGAAGCAGGUGUCUCUCAGAAUUCUAGUGGACAUCGGAUUGUGGAGAGCGACCUGAUGGAUAUCACGGAUUGGGAACGAUCCAACUUUCGCUAUGCAUGGUAG